AUGUCAGAGUACGAACAUUCAACUCAAGCUACUGACUGGACUUUUACAGCUGAUAAACUUCAGGAAUUAAGAGCUUCUAUUACAGCAGAAGCAUGUGAGAGGAUUCGACAGCAGUUGGAGCAGGAUACAGUAAAUACUGUUUCAUUUUUAAGUCCGGAUGAAGAAUGGGCUCUUGUUAGUUAUUAUGCAACACAAAUGGAAGGGUUAAGUGCAUAUUUUGAAUUUUCAUCCUAUGUUAAGGCAACGGCAGUAACGUAUUUGAAGAGGUUUUAUCUUCGUUAUUCUGUCAUGGAUCACCACCCAAAGUUGAUUAUGUUAACUUGUCUUUUUUUGGCGACCAAAGCAUGUGAUCAUUAUAUUUCUUUGGAUCAAUUUGUACAUUCUAUUCCGAAGGUAACAUCAAUGGUUAUUUUGGAAAAUGAGUUUUUAGUAUGUCGUGCUUUAUCCUGGGAUUUUUAUGUUUGGCACGCCUAUCGACCAUUACAUGGAUUUGUCUUGGAUAUGCAAGUAGUGUUACCAGAACAUGUUGUAACAGUGUUUGGGAAACUUCAUGAUGAUGCAAAAAAUCUUAUUUCUAAGACAUUAUGGACAGAUCUUCAAUUUCUUUAUAGUCCAAGCCGUAUUGCGUUGGGAUGUUUAAUGGCAGUAGGUAGUGAAAUAGUUCAAACCUAUUUACAAAGAAAAGGAAUGCAAGACUUAUUAAAGACUAUUGAAAUGAUUUCAGAAGAAAUUAUUAUAAAAGGAAAGACUGUAUUAGAUAUGGAAGAAGUUAAAGAAAUUGAUCGUCGAUUGUUUUAUUGUUCUGACGAAGUAAAAAAGAGUCGUGCUUUGUAUGCUAAACGACAUGCAGAAGAAGAAGAAUGGACAAUAAAAAAACAAGUACAUAUCGUUUCAAAUGAUGUUGAUGAUGGGACUCAUUUAAUGUAA